AUGGCACUCGUCACCAUCUCCGGCUUCCCAUCCUCGGGCAAGUCGACACGCGCACGCCAGCUUCAUGACUACCUCCAGGAGCGUAUAGCUGCGCCAGACUACGACGGGCCCAAGUUUGACGUCGUGGUGGUUGACGACACUGGGUGUCACGUGUCCAGGAGCGCGUAUGAUGACAGCAAGACCGAGAAGCCUGCGCGGGCAGCUCUCUUCACGGCUGGUACCCGCUCCCUCCGGCCUGACACUAUUACGAUCCUCGACAGCGCCAACUACAUCAAGGGUUUCCGGUAUCAACUCUAUUGCGCAGCGCGAGAGGCGGGGACGAGACCAGAGGAGGAGCGCUACGCGCAGGCGACCUUCGACAACCUGAUCCAACGGUACGAGGAGCCGAACUCGAUGGUACGCUGGGACUCUCCCCUCUUCACAAUCCCGUGGGACGAGGAUCUGCCGGGUGAGGAGAUCUGGGCCGCGAUCCGGACGGGUGUGAAGCGUCCGCCGAACCAGGCCGUCAACCAGCGUAGCACACCGCCACCAGGCACGCUGCAGACGCUGACGAAAACGACGAGCGCGAUUGUCAGUGCUCUCCUCGCGCACCUCGCUGCCGGACCAACGCCGACAUUCCCCAUCCCGUCACCUCCGGCGCCUGCAGGCCUCGUCCUCCAUCUUCCGAACCACAAGCCGACACUGAGCGAGAUGCAGCGCCUCAAGCGCCAGUUUGAGGCGACGCAGACUGGCGCACAGCGUUCAGGUGGGGGGGCGGCGGGUAGCUGGACUGAGCCGCAGGUAGCUGCUAACUUUGUCACGUUCCUCGAGAACAUUUGGGAGUCGCGCUAG